CUAGGAUCCACACCACCGUGGCAUUAAACGGCCGGCGGGGGGGACAUCACUUCGCGACACGAGGCCUUCUGCCAGUCGCGCCGAACGCGAUCGACGCGAGCUUGCUUUCACUCCCUUCCGAGGAAUCGAACCCGUGCAGAGAAAGGGCUCGCACCAUCGGAAGUAAAAAAAAAUGGCUUCGAAUCGCGAUCCGAAACCUUCCCAAGCAGAACCUCCACCUCCAUCGCCGUCGCCGUCGUCUUCUUCUGACGAUUGGAAGGGCCGUGUGUUUCUUCCCGCUCUCCUCGCAGGAAUUGCCGGCGGCGGAUACGGGUUGGUGUCGAAGCACCGGAAAGUUCACGGCCUCGCGAAUAUCUCCGCGGCUUAUGCUGCGAAUUUCGCCAUCGUCAUGGGUUGCUACUGCGGGACCCGCGAGUUUGUAAGAGUGACUCGUAAAUCAGAACCAGAUGAUCUGUUAAACUCUGCCAUUGGUGGCUUUGCUAGCGGUGCUAUCCUCGGGCGGCUCCAAGGUGGACAAGCCGGAGCCAUCAAAUACUCAUUUAUGUUUGCUGUAGCCGGGACAGCUAUGGACUUUGCUAUUUUGAAACUGAGACCAAUUUUGGAGAGCAGUGACUCGUUGAAACUGCCGGAGUGGUCCCCAAUCCAGAUUCUUGAUGAGGAACAGCUUGCUGCAAAGAAAGCUAGGGAACAGAAGCUCUAUUCCCAAACAACGCUUGGUAAACUGAACAAAGAAGAUUCUUGAGGAAAUUGAGGGUUAGUGAUAGGAAAUAGGUAAAGAUAAGAGUGCCUGGCGGGAGACUCUUUAUCAUGUUACCCAAAUUUUGACCCAGUUGGGAACUUUGUUGUACCUGCUUUGCGAAUGGUUAUACUUUGGCUCCUUUGAAGGCAAUCUCCCAUUUGAUGUUUUUAGCAAAAGAGCACUUCCUUGGAAAGUGGUUGAGAUUUGGAUGAGCUCAUUUGAUCUGAUUACGUUCCAUCUACAUCAGCAGCAGUUCUUCAAUCUGGCAGUGAUAAGUUUAGGAUGAGAGGCGUGUUGUAACUUGUAACACUAUAGAAAGCUUGGUCCAAAUUAGAGGAACCUGUGCAGCUCAAAUUAACUUUUAAAGGGAAGACUGAUUUUUGUGGUGAGGUGAUUCGAGGCAGGAUGAUCAUGAAUCCUCCACAUGGCUUGUGCAGAAGUUUUUCCACGUUUUAGCUUGUGGAAACGAAGAUUUUCUUUCUGGGUAACUGGAAAAUGCUAGCAGUUCACUUA